AUGGAACAAGUACGCCAUGGACAAGAGUCUUGGGCUCAAUUUGAUGACGAUGAUAGUUCUAUGGUUAGAAAACCCUUAUCAAUUCCUAUUUGUACUUCUCACUCUUAUUUCUCUACAGAAGCAUCAUCUUUCAUUAAUCAACAACAAACAGUGAAUUCACAUUUUCCUAACUUGGGAUCAAUCAAUCAGAAUUUAAUGUUUCCUUCCUCUUUGAGUCAAUCAAACGAAUUACUUAUGCUUAAGAAUCCUUCAGAUCCUACAUCAUCACCAUUUGCUGCAGCUCAUCACCGGUCACCAAGAUCAAUAAGUAAAACAGUCUAUCAUGGGAAUUUAAAUAGUCACUCGGAUAUGAAUUCAUCGCAUUGUGCAGAGAUACAAUUUCACAGUCAUCAAUUGAAUAACUGGUCUAGUUUUAAUCAACCAACCUCUCAAUUCAAACAACAGUCCAAUACUACAGAUAUUACUCCAUUAGUUAAUACUGCUAAUACAACUACUACAAAUUUCUCUCCCAGUUUAAAUAUUUCAAAUGAUGAUUUUGCUAUAUUGGUUCAAAAACUCAGUGGAUUGCAAUCGAAGACAUUCUUUGAAUUAUCAAAUUUACCAUCUUCAGAAUUAUCAAAAAUUUGGGAACUGUCUGAUCUUGAUCAUGAUGGACAAUUAACAUUGAGUGAAUUUUGUAUUGCAAUGCAUUUAGUUGUGUAUCGAUUAAAUGGUGUUCCAGUUCCUAAUAAUUUACCGACAGUUUUAUUGGAAUUAGUUGAAACUAAUUGGUUAUCUACAAAAUUGUCAUCAACAUCAUCACCAACUGUAAAAGCAAAUACCACCACUACUGCUACUACUACCAACGGUAGUUGUAUUAAUAAUUACGAACUAACUAAUUGUACAUUGAAUUCUACUUGUCAACAAAAUCAUAUCAGUUCAGUCAGAUAUAAAUCAAUAGAUAUGCCUGAUUCAUGUCAACAUCACGAUAAUCAUCAUCUAUCAUUAUUCUUAUCCUCUUCAUCACCAAUUUCAUCUGUGUCAACUUGUCAAGUUAUAACACUAACGACAUCAUCAUCAAUUCAUGUCAAUACAUCUCGAACUGAAAUGAUUCAAUCUACAAAUUUUACAGAGUUGAAACACCCUCAUCAUGAACCAAAUCAGCAACAACAAAGACGUUGGUCUUUAUCUAGUCAAAGUGAUGUUAGCAGUUUAUUAGCAUCAGAAGAAGGAAUGAUCUUAUUCGAAUCGAAAUUAAAUGCAAAUGCACAAUUAAAACAUCCUAUCCCAUUAAGAGCUAAAACAUUACCAUCAAAUGUUAUUCCUGAGCUGGUGAAUUCAAUGAUGAGUACACCUCAAGAUUAUUCUACCGUAGAUCAUCAAAAUGAUUUUUCGCAUACAUAUCAAGUUCCAUAUAGUAGUAAUAAUGAUAAUAAAUUUUCUACUGCAAUUAGUAAUCCAAUGAUUGAAUCAACCCCUCGGUUACAACCACAGCCGAUUACAAUUCAUUCAUCUCCUAUAUUAUUCAGUAGUCAACAUUCUGAUUCGAUAACAUCUCCGUCGUCAUCAGUAAUACAGAAGGCUCCACCUCCUCCACCACCACCUAGAGCUAAUUUGUUACUUGUCACUAAUAUUGAUUGUGUUCAUAAUGAUAAUAUGGGACAGAAAUGUGGUGUUUCACUAAUUGAAGAGAAAGAGGACUUUGUUCCAUCUCUUACAACAGAAUUCAACUCAGAAGAAAUGAAAUUAACAGAAUCUCAACAACCAUAUAUUACUUCAUUAAAUAAUAGUAAUAAUGAUAAUAAUAAUGAUAAUGUGGAUAUAUUAAAACGUCAAUGUGAUUCUAUUAGUCAAAUUAAUGAACAAUUAACUACAACAUUAAUAAAAUUACAACAAGAUAGAAUAGCAUUGAAAAUAUUUCUGGAACGUUUAAUGCCAUUAGAAACAAUUUAA